AUGAAUUCCAAAAUGAAACAGAAACCGAACGUGGAAAAACCAUCAGGAUCUUUGCAGAAGUACCUCACAGACACUACAUGCAGUGCUGCCCCAAGACAAACUCUUAAAAUGAUUCAGCCUUCAGCAGCAGGUUGCCUGGUUGGCAGACGUAAUGAGAAGAAAUCUUCAGUCAAAAGGAAACUCUGGAAUAACAAGUUCACCUCAAAGGCUUGUAAAGCUGAGGUGCCUGGGGACAAAGAGCAAGAAAAUGAGAAUACAAAAGAUGUCAUUCAAGCUGUAGAUCUCAUGAUAAAAGGAAGCCCUUCAUCUCAAUAUUGGAAAGAAGUGGCUGAAGAAAGGAGGAAGGCUCUGUAUGAAGUGCUUCAGGAAAAUGAAAAGCUGCACAAAGAAAUUGAACAGAAAGAUGGUGAAAUUGCCCGCCUGAAAGAAGAAAAUGAAGAGCUCAUGUCACUUGCUGAACAUGUGCAUUAUAUGACCAGCAUGAUUGAGAGGUUAACUCGGCAAGCACCUGAUGAGACACUGAAGAGUCUGGCUCUAGAGGAAUCCAAACAAGAAAAUGAAGAGCUUAAUGGAGAUGAUGCAGACAACCCUUCUGAAGAAGGGCCAUCAGAAGUAUCAUGUGGCUUAAGGGAGAGUCCAUCAGAUCUUGCUUCAAAGGAAGCAUGUCAUUUGCAACUGGAAUGA